AUGUCGCCAACAUGCCCAGCUCUUCCUCCCAACGCCUACGCCGAAGGUAUGCCAAUUCAUGGGUCUAUGACUUUCCAGCGACUCGUGCAAAUCAUUGCAUGGAUCUGCUUCGCAGUAACAGCAGUUCUCUGCAUUGGACUAUCCAGCCUCCACUUCCGACGCUAUCGAAGUCCCAACGAACAACGAAAUGUGUUUCGCAUUAUCAUCUUCCCAGUGGUGGCAUGUUUAGUCUCCGUGGUCUGCAUUCACACCUAUCAUGCCAGUAACUAUAUUGCACCCAUCGCGUCACUGUACGAGGCUGUCGCUCUGGUCGCUCUGUACCUCCUCUACGUACACUACGUUGCCCCAGAGCCCAGGUCCAGGGCGGACGUCUUCCAGAGGCUUAUCUAUACAACAAAGAAGGGCGAAUCUAAGCCCGGUCAGGGCUAUAGCUUGCUACGAAGCUCGUGGAGAGUUCUCUUCACUUACUUGGUCGUCUACUUCAUCCUCGUGAUCGCAACGGAGAUCACGCUUGCGAUCGGCGUCUACUGUGAGACUUCGAAUAAGCCACACUUCGCACACGUCUGGAUACAAGCCUUUGAGUUGAUCGCCACUAUCACUGCUCUCGUCACGAUCUUCCGCUUCCAGCGUACAUUGAAGCACCACAUGAGCGGUCGCAAGGCUCUGCCGAAACUUGUGAUUUUCAAGCUCUUUGUAAUCAUCGUCACGGUCCAGCGGUUCGUCUUCAGCAUAAUCGGUGGUCAUGUCAAGGGCAGCGACAAGAUCACGUACAGCGACGUCACGAUUGGUUUGCAGUCGUUAUUGGUAUGUCUGGAGGCUUUAGUCACUCAGAUCGCAUUCUUCUUCUGCUUCAGUCCAAAAGAGUUCUCUGGGAUAGGCCACCAGUCAGACAAGGAAGGCGUGGCACUUGGUCCAUUGGCAGCCCUCUGCCACGCAUUGAACCCGAAAGAUCUGGUUGUUGGCCUUGGCCAAGCCUACGGACUCGUGGAGCUCUGA